CUAGCAGUUUCUUAUAACUCUUUUUGACAUUCGUCUUCGUGUUGUAUUUUCGUUGUGCGGAGUUUUUUUGCAAGUGAAUUUUAUUCGUACAAUAAUUACAAAUAAAUUGAUAAAAAACAGUUUUUGCUUAAAUAGUUUUUAAAAAAAUGAGUUCACGUCGCAAUUAUCUAGAUGCUGAUAACAGCAUUAUGGAAAGAAAUUUAAGAUUUGUUAGGAAUGAUUUGGAGGAAAAUCUAAAUCAAUAUUUUGGCGGUUCAGGUAGUCGUAGUAGCAAUUCUACUACGGUAACGGCUCCACCACGUGAUUAUAAUGUUGUACAACCAAAACCCGGUGGCUCUCAUGCCCUUAAAACAGCAUCAAGUGGUCUGGAAAAACGACGAGAGUUUCUUUUACAAUUAGGUUUGGCCCGUCAUGAGGCAUACGAAUUGGCGAAAAACUCCAACUUUGAUGUUAAUGACUAUCAGGUAAAAUGUCAAAAAUGGAUUAAUAAUGGCGUUCAGCUAAUUGAAGUAAAUAAUAGAAUAUUGAGUGAAAUUCGUAGUGGAAAAAGUUGGAUCGAACCAGUUUCACAUAAAGAUACAUCAUAUUUUGAGAAACAAGAUAGUUUACAACAUGAUAAUCGUGGAUAUAAACAACAUUAUCGUUCACGAUCUCGUUCUCCUACUUCUUAUAAAGUACAAAGAAAUGAUCAUAUAGAAGUACGAUAUCAACAAUCAAGAUCACGUUCACCAAAUAGGAAUGUUAAUGCAAUGUAUGGGAGAAACACUGAGCAAAGGUUUCUCUCUGGAGAUGAAGUUAGAAGACGGGAAAUUGUUAAUGAUUCUCCGCAUAGGAGUAAUCGUAGAGAAGAAUAUGAAAGAAGAAGUGAAGAAUAUUUUUUACAAGAUGAUUUCAGAAUGCGGCACCGCUCACGGUCCUAUUCUCCUCUUAUUAAUGAUGAUCAUGGAAUAGAAGAGCAUCAUUUAUUACGAUCACGUUCGUCUAUAAGAAAUUACGAUGAGAGAAGUUCUAAUGAAUAUCAAAUAAGACGUGAACAUAUCAUCGAUUUAACAAAAGAUAGGAAGCGUGAACUAUCUCGUUCUCCCCAUAGAUAUGAUAGUAGAGAUGAACAUUAUCUAACAUCAAGAUCACAUUACCCCAAUAGAGAUUUUGAUUCAAUGCAAGGAAGAGAAAGCGAGAAAUUUUUUUCAGAUCAUAAUAACUUCAGGAACGAUGUACAAGGAGUUGCCAUUCGUGAACAUUUUCGAUCAUAUUCUCCUUCUGAAUACGAUCGCAAGGAACAUAAUUUUCAUUUAUCAAGAUCCCGAUCGCCAGCUAGAGAUUAUGAUAAGCGAAACGCUGAACGUUCCCGCUCCCGUCCUCGUCCAUAUUCUCCAAUUAGUAAUGAUCGUAAUGAAGAAUUGUAUUAUUCAUCAAACUCGCGUUCUCCCAACAGGAGAAUGAAUCAAGAUUUUUAUUCUCAAGAUAAUAAUUUCAAAGAAGGACUAAGAAGAGAUGCUAAACAUUUGGAUAAUUUAAGAGAAACUAAAGAUUCAAAACGUCCACAACGUGAGAUACCCUCUUUACUUACACUAGAUGUUUUUGGAAAUCAAACACCAGGAUCCCAGAAUAGAUCUCAAAAUCACAAUAUUCCUUCACUCCUAUCAUUACCCAUACCCGAUUUAAUAGAUUUGCAACAACCAUCAACAUCUGCUAAAGCAAACCACAUUAAACAGAAAUCAAAGUUUGACAAUAGAGGAAAACCCCAACCAAUUAAAAAUAAGCCAACUGCGUAUGUCCAAACUACGGGACAAAAUUUAGGACUUAAGCAACACAUAGCAGAAGUUCCCAUCAUAGAAUCCGGCCUGAAGAAGCCAUCACCCGGCAAAUUAAAAUAUAAUCCACAAGAUUAUUGGUCACAAUGGUGGCAGUCGUAUAAGUAUAUUGAAUAUUCAAUACCAAAAAUAAAUCCAAAUGACAGUGAAGUAAAGGAAUGUCUUAAGUUCUUGUUUAAACCACCAACAAAUAAAUUUCGUCACAGCAAGAAUUCACUUUUGAAUAAAGGAGUGAGAACUAUUAUGAAAACUGUGGAUAUAAAUGAAACAAAUUAUUAUGUGCGUGACAUUUAUAAGUUAUUUAAAUUUAAAAAACAUUUGGAAGAUCCGAAUUUUCAAAAUUAUUUAACGCCUCAGGAAUUAAAUUGUAUCGCACCGGCAUUAAGACAAUUUCAAAUUAAAUCCACAAUGGCUUAUCUAUAUCAGGCUAUGAUUUGUAGAUGGCACAUUUCGCUGGACAUAAUGAAGAAGGUUCAAGCUGGUGAACCGAUUCUCUCGAAUUAUGCUCGUAAUUUACUCAAUGGCAAAUGUUUUAAUUACUUAGUCAUGGAAGCUAUACGGGAAUUAAAGAAAAUGUGUCAACAAGAUUGGCCUCAAUUUGGAGAAUUUUAUAAAAAUAUUAAGGCGAAAAAAAUAAAUAUUUAUUCGAUGGGCCUAGGUCCCGGCAUGGAUGUAAAUAAUGCUAAUCCCAUUAAUAAAUAUAAUAAUGAAGAUGAUGAAAUUGAUAUUUAUUAAGUGCUUAAAUCUAACGUCUUAAUUGUUUAAUUAUUCAACUUGUUUUAAAUUUAAUGUAAUUUAUAGAAUAAUUCAUACUAAAACCGACAGAAAACUUUAAAUUUAUCAUUUUUGAUUUUAAUAAAAUUCACCAUGGACUUGCAAUACAUAAACCACUCUAUGUAUUAUCAUUUAUUAAUAUCACAAAUGAUAAAGUUUUGUCCGAUUUUGUAUGAAUUUCUCUAAAAAUUUUGGUAAAUAUAUAUUAUGAAUGAAAAUAAUAAAUUUUUAUUAAAAUCAAUGAAAUUAAUUGCCACCACAGAGAGAUAUGAGUUCAUAUAAAUCCCAACGCAGAUCGAUAGUUUAUCCACUAGAUUAGACCGUAUGU